AUGAAUAUGCUUGGAACUCUCACUGUCUCUGGAUCUUCCUCCAACAUGUUUUCAGGAAAGCCUUCGAUUCACGCAUUACUCGACACAAAGCCAAGGGUGGCCAUGGACCGGAUGACGACUAAAAGACCAAAUAGUAGUCUAUAUGAAGUUCUACGUGUUGACAAAAACGCUACACCUAUAGAGAUAAAAACAGCUUAUCGUAGCUUGGCAAAGAUUUACCAUCCGGAUGCUUCCUCGCGUAAUCAUGGCGAUCAUCAUGAUUUUAUCGAUAUUCAUAACGCUUAUGCUACGUUAUCUGAUCCUGAGGCACGUGCUAUGUAUGAUCAGACCACCGGAUUCAGACGAAAAUACACGGCUGGAUAUAACACGAGGCGGAGAUGGGAGACUGACCAGUGUUGGUAG